AUGUUUUCGAACGCGUUGAAAGUUUUCAAGUUCGGCCGCGGUGACGACUCCUCGGGAUCUUCGGCUAAAAGAAGAAAAGUUAAAACAAGGAGAACAAAGAAUAACCAAAACAUCGAAGAUGACACAGACAACAAAAAAGAACCGAUAAGAUCAGGUCAGCCUGAGACUCAAAGCCAAAGCACGUCGGCUCAAUAUGACAGAAGUGACCCAUUGGCGAAAAUAACUACCACACCUAAACCAGCAAUUGGAGACUAUAUGGAAGUUGUCUCAAGACCUACUAGACUUACAGCUGAUGGAGAAAUAGAACUACCGAAACUCCGGCUGAGAAUUCCUCCACAGUAUAGUCAGCAGAAUCUUCAACUACCACAACCAGAGGAGGUCCGACGACUAAGCCAGCAAAGUGAGGGUCAGUUGCGAGUCAUACCCAAUACAGCAGUUAGAACACAAUCAGAACCUAGGCUGCCAAUGACAGACAGAGAGCCACGAGAACCAUGGACACUUCCACAACCAGAUAACUUAAAAGUGCAACAAAGGGAGCCUCGAAAGUUACCUGAGCCACGAAAGUUACCUCCACCUCAGCCGAGUACAUCACGUGAUAAUACAAUGAGAUUUCAGCCGAGUACAUCUAGAGAUACUACUAUGGGAGCCCAGCUGAGUACAUCAGAAGAAAAUAAUAAUAUGCGAGCUAAGCCAAGUACAUCAAAAGAUACUACUAUGAGAGCUAUACCGAGUACAUCAAGUGAUAUGCGAGCUCAAGCGAGUACAUCAAGAGGCAUAACCUUGGGAAAUCAAGCUCAAACAAGUACAUCAAGAGACAUAACUUUGGCAAAUCAACCGAGUACAUCAAGUGAUAAUACUAUAAAAGAUCAGCCAAGUACAUUAAGAGAUACUACUAUGAGAGCAAUACCGUGUACAUCAAGAGAUAUGCGAGCUCAGGCGAGUACAUCAAGAGACAUUACUUUGGCAAAUCAACCGAGUACAUCAAGUGAUAAUACUCUAGAAGAUCAGCCAAGUACAUCAAGAGAUACUACUAUGAGAGCUAUACCGAGUACAUCAAGAUAUAUGCGAGCUCAGGCGAGUACAUCAAGAGACAUUACUUUGGCAAAUCAACCGAGUACAUCAAGUGAUAAUACUCUAGAAGAUCAGCAAAGUACAUCAAGAGAUACUACUAUGAGAGCUAUACCGAGUACAUCAAGAUAUAUGCGAGCUCAGGCGAGUACAUCAAGUGAUAAUACUAUAGAAGAUCAGCCAAGUACAUCAAGAGAUACUACUAUGAGAGCUAUACCGAGUACAUCAGUAGACAAUACUAGGAGAGACCAACCAAGUGUUGCAUCAUUAUUUGAAAUGAUGCCGCAGCGAAAACGUGCAAGUGGUUCAACACAGCGUCUUCAACAGAGACACUCUCAUGGUGCAAUCCAAACUUAUGGGAUGGGUCAGAGGCAAGGUUUUUUUGAACCCCAAGUACCACCUCAAUGGGCAUCACAGAGAUCACUUCCGAACCAGCUUCAACCUGCCUCACAGACACCACAAAGGCAACAUAAAUUAGGGCCCCAAAAGGCACCUCAACUUUCCAGUCAGAGUAAUGCAGAAAAACUAGUACUAGUACAAAAUAACGAUACUACUAAAACGAAACCUCUAACAAAUCCCUACAUUAUAUCAAUGUCAUAUUCCCAAAUGCAAAUACAUUUAUUCAGAGAACAGCAAGUUUACCAUGAACCCGAUAUACAAACAAUUUUAAUCCCACAAAUACAAAUGUCUGCUUUACAAAAUAAUAAAACAACGGCAGAAGUUCAAAAUCCGAAAGAACAAAGCGUUUUGACUACAAUCACAAAAAGUUUUCCAUCACCGUCAACAUUACUCACAAAGAUGAAAAGUACUGCAAUGAUCCUUGGAAUUGUUAAUAAUAGUAAUGAUAAUCACAGGGAGGGACCCUUGGAAUAUAAUCCAAUAUUGCAAUAUUUUGACAUUAACGAAGAAGUAUGUAAUGUUGGGACCGGACUUGUUUGGCGAGUUUACAACGCUAUUCGGAAGGUGGAUUUAAAGGAAUGCUCCAUAUUCAUUUUUGACAAACGCGUUGUGGACAAGCUCUACCGUCCCAAGAAGAAGGAUCUUAUGCUGGACCGCAUGAGAUCCUCUAUAAACGAACUGGAAAAACUGAAACAUCCUAGGAUGUUGAUGAUUAUUCAUCCUAUAGAAGAAACUACCUUCACAAUUGCAUUUGCUAGCGAAAGGAUUUACUCAAGUCUACAUAAUAUUUUAGCCUGGCAUAAAGCGAAACCAAUGUUACCGGAUAGCCAAGUGCCUGUAAUUCCACAAACAUCACCGACUCCGCCGAUACCGCUGACUCCACCAAAUACACCUAAUCCGCCGACUCCGCCACUUCCGCCGAUUCCGCCGAUUCCCUCGACUCCACCGGCUGCCUCUAUGUCGUUGGGUUGGACGACUGACCCGACUUCGCUGGGUUUGUCAGCUGCCCCAACUUCCCUGGAUUUGUCGGCUGCCUCAACUUCGCUGGGUUUGUCGACUGCCACGAUCUCGCCGGGUUCGUUUGCUGCCCCGCCUUCGCCAGCUGCAUCAACUUCAACAGCUACGUCGACUGCGCAAACUGCGAACACCAAGCCGACUCCACCGACCACUCCAACGGUUCCAGUUUUCCUGAUGGAAUAUGAUUUUUUGGACAUAGAAAUACGUCAUGGUUUCUACCAGAUCUCGGAAGCACUCCAGUACAUGCAUUUGACGAUGAAAAUGGUGCAUCGCAACGUUUGCCCGUAUAAUGUCCUCGUCACAAAGCGAGGCAUCUGGAAGCUGUUCGGGCUUGAAUUUGCCGAGCGAUUAAACUCUGAUGAUCCAACGAAGAUGUUGUCCGUGCCGCAAUGGUCGUCCAAAUAUUCAAAAAUUUGUCAGCCGCACUUGGAUUAUAUGGCUCCCGAAACUCAGCUGAGGGGUCAAGCUAGUGCAGUUUCGGAUAUGUACAGUAUGGGAAUGAUAUUGGCAGCAAUUUACAACGUUGGCAGGCCUUUGAUCAACACCAAUUUCAAUCCAGACUUAUAUGUGAAGCAAAUGAAUAUGCUGGACCGCAGCGUUGCGACCUUGUUAAAUCGAGCACCGACUAGUCUUGAAGAAGCGCUACCUCGCCUCCUAGAUCGUGAUGCACACAACCGGCCGACCACAGCGAUGUUGCCGCUUAUAAAACUAUUCCGGAAUGCCACUGAACCUACUAUCCAAGCUCUGGAGAACUUUGAAAAGGUUUUAUACAAAGAUUCGAGUGCUAGAGCAGAAUAUUACGUGGAAACUCUCGUGAAAACGCUACCCGACAUUCCAAGGAAACUCCGAUGGUUUAACGUUUGGCCGGUCCUACAUUCAGAGUCAAAGGUGAUGAUUGAGCCAGUACUUCAUCCAAUAUUUUGGCUGGUUAAGGAUGCUACCAAUGAAGAAUAUUCAUCAAAAAUCUAUCCUGUUCUAAGACGAGUCAUUUAUUCGGCAAGAUUGGCUCGCCUCACCGUGCUUCUUUUGGAGAAUCUUCCAAUUCUAAUGGAGAAAAGUAACCCGGAAAUGAUAAAAAAUGACUUGGUACCAAUGCUUAUCUACUCGCUAGAUUGUAGUCUUCAACAAACUCAGAAGGCCGCAUUGGAAGCUCUACAAAAUGUGGCACAGUAUCUUCCAGAUGAUGUCAUACAUGAUAAUAUUUUGAAAAAAUUGAUGUCAGUUCAAGAAAAAUAUAGCGGUGACAUCAAAGUUACCAAUCUAAUUCUUGGAGUGUUUGAGAAGAUGGCUACUCGCAUUGAUAGCAAUGAUAUCACAAACUAUGUGCUACCAACUAUCAUGUUGAUGAACUUUGCUGAUCCAAACAUCAUUUGUCGCAUUGGCAGCCUUGAAAAUACUAUUGUUAUGGGCGGUCAAUAUGAUGUAAGUCCAACUGUGGUAGCUAAGGACUUGAUACCGUUCAUUGCACCACAUUCAGUAAAUGAAAAUCUCAACAUCAACCAGUUCAGAAGUCUCAUUGAAGCUCUGCGCAAUAUGGUUUCAAGCGUCGAGUUAAAUCAGGGUAAGCGAGUGCUAGAAGAAGGUGCAUCAACAUCUAGCAAUAAUCUGCAAAUGAAACGUUCGCAGAGGAACCUUGAGAAUGCUCCACCAUUUGUUAUUCCAAAUCUACGCGUCAACCAACGUACCACAACAAGUGCAGAAGAAAUGGCUCGCAAGAAUUCAGCAGCCAGUCAGUCGGCAUCCCAGCCACCUACUAUUUCUGAGAGUAUUACCGCUUUACGUAAUAGAUUGGGACAAUUUAUAUUUGGGUCAAAGAAUUUGACAGACAGCGUGUAUGGAUUUUUACCAAAUCGCCGUCAAUCUGACAACACUUUAAUGACGCCUAAAAUAAGUGUUGCACCGUCCUCUGCUUCUUCGCCUGGUGGAACUCCGGGUACCGCAGGCCCUGCAAGUCGCCGUCACUCAAGCAUUGGUCCUCAGGAGCGUCGUAGUUCGAAAGUAAACAUGUCACCACCUGGUGGCUCAGUUCCAAACACCUCAUACAGCGUUCCAUUUUUAACCACACCAAUAAACGCUCGUCCUCGUCGUACAUCAGCUGAAGAUGAUUCGCGGAGCUCAAAAAUACUAUCUCAAAUGGUAAGAUUUCUUCCCGCCGGCUCUGUAUCUGCUGGUAGCUCACCAAGGCGUCAUCGCCAAACGUAUCAGGACAGUAUCGACAAUGCUAGUGAAGCUAUUCGUCGUACAACCGACAUGAUUAAAAGCAAAUUUCCUUCACUUAAUGUGAAUUUCUCACGUUAUAAACCUUAA